UUGCAGGAAAAUCAUAUGUGGCUAUUUCACAUUAUUUGAAAGGGAACAUUAGGCUGCGUCACACUUCUGAUCUGAGCCAUUUUUAUCAGCUCUUAUGAAUAGAGUUUUGGGAAGGAGAGUCUUGAACCACACCAUAUCACUUCUCUCAUGAUUAUGCUCCAUUCAUCUCUCCCAGCUGUGCUUCCAGAGUUUUCCAUGUGUUUCCAAGAACAACGAAAAAUGUACAAGUCCCUGGGGUUGGUGUCAUUUGAGGAUGUGACUGUUAACUUCACCUGGGAAGAGUGGCAAGAUCUGGAUGAUACUCAAAAAGCCCUCUACAGGGAUGUGAUGCUAGAGACCUACAGCUGCUUGAUGUCUUUGGGGCACUGCAUUCCCAAGCCUGAGAUGAUAUUGAAGCUGGAGCAAGGGGAAGAGCCAUGGCUGGUAGAAAACUCAAACGAGAGACUCUCAGGUUCCACACCUGAAGAUAGCUGCUGUCACACAUCACAUACGUGCAUUGAACAAUCUCCAAGGAUGGCUCUCACGUGGAAACCUACCUCUCUGCCUUUUUUUGGGCAGUGCAUUCCCAAACCUGAGGUGAUCUCCAACUUGGAGCCAGAAGUAGAGACAUGGUUGGGAGAAUCCCCAGGCCAGAGCCUCCCAGAUGUCCAGAAAGUGGAUGAUGUAAUUGACACCAGCCAGAAAAGUCAAGACAGGCACUUGUGGAAAGUUGUAAUCUCUAACAGCAACUCAGCAACUGAGCAGAGAGUUGAAUUAGGAAAAGCAUUCAAUUUGAAUUCUAACUGUAUUUCAGAACUGAUUAUAAAUAAUGGAAACUACAUAGGAUUGGAGCCUGAGGAGUUAAUUAUAUGUCAAAAUAUGAAUAUCUAUAGUGAACCUGGAGAGAUGCAUGCUGCAGAGAAGCCUGAUGACCAUAAGAGAACUGGAAAUGUUUUCAGACAUCUUAAGUAUAUUGGUAAGCAUCACAGUAAUCAAAAUAAGCAGCAGGAGUUUGAAUAUAGAGGACAAGUGAAAACCUUCAACACUGCGGCAGUGUUCUUUACACCUAAGAGGGUUCAUAUGAGAGGAACCUCAUAUAAAUAUAAUGAGUAUGAGAAAGCCUGUGAUACAUCAGCUUUCGUCAUACAAGAGAUAGCUCAGGUGGAAAAGAAAGCUUUUGAAUAUAGUAUAUGUGGGAAAACCUAUAUAAGGCCUAAACUGACCAACCAUCAAAAAGCACCCAUAAGAGAGAAAUCCAGUAAAUGCUCUGAAUAUGAGAAACCCUUCAUUCACAGAGCAUACGUUACAAAACAUCAGGGAACAUACACAAUGGAUAAGCCAUAUACAUCUAAUGAGUUUAGAAAACCUUUCAGUCUGAAGUCAAACCUCAGUAGAAACCACGGAACUGAUGUAGAUGAGAAAUGCAAUGAUUAUAACAAAUAUAUGAAAUAUUUCUACCAGAUGUCAGACCUCAUUUUACAACCUAGAACAAGAGAGAAGCCCCAUAAAUGUAAUGAGUGUAGGAAAUCUUUCUACCGCAAGUCAGACCUCACUGUACAUCAGAGAACUCACACAGGAGAGAAGCCCUAUGAAUGUAAUGAAUGUAGCAAAAGCUUUUGCCAGAAGUCGAACCUCAGUAGUCAUCAACGAACUCACACAGGAGAAAAACCCUAUGAAUGUAAUGAAUGUAGUAAAUCUUUCUACCAGAAGUCAGACCUUAUUAUACAUCACAGAACUCACACAGGAGAAAAGCCCUAUGAAUGUAAUAAGUGUAGGAAAUCUUUCUCCCGUAAAUCAGAUCUCACUGUUCAUCAGAGAACUCACACAGGCGAGAAACCCUAUGAAUGUAAUGGAUGUGGGAAAUCAUUCAACCAGAAGUCAAACCUUAUCAGGCAUCAGAGAACCCACACAGGCGAGAAGCCCUACGAAUGCAACAAAUGUGAGAAAUCUUUCUACCAAAAGUCAAACCUUAUUUUACAUCAGAAAACUCACACAGGUGAAAAACCUUAUGAAUGUAAUGAAUGUAGGAAGUCUUUCUAUCAAAAGUCAGACCUCACUGUCCAUCGGAGAACUCACACAGGAGAGAAGCCCUAUGAAUGUAACGAAUGUAGCAAAACCUUCUGUCGGAAGUCCUACCUCAGCAGUCAUAUGAGAAUUCACACAGGAGAGAAACCUCAUGAAUGUAGUGAGUGUAGGAAAUCUUUCUCCCGUAAGUCAGACCUCACUGUCCAUCAGAGAACUCACACAGGAGAGAAACCCUAUGAAUGUAGUGAGUGUAGAAAAACCUUUUGCCAGAAAUCACACCUCAGUAUGCAUCAGAGAACUCACACAAGAUAGAAAUCCUAAGAAUGUAAAUAUAAUAGGAAGUGUUUCAGCCGGAAGGCUUGAGAGACCUCAACAGGCUUGAGAGACCUCACUUAAGAAAACCUAUUGCAUAAACAACACCUCACUAGACUUCAGAGAGUGCUGGGAAGACAUCUUGUCUGGCAACAGUUGCUAUAGUUUACAAAACCCAGGGUUGUUGUUAUUUUUUAGCCAAUUUUUAUUGGGCACCAUGUAACAAAGUACUGCCAAGGAGUAAUGGACAUUAUAUCCAAGCCUGGGAGAAGAAAGAAGACCAUGUGGUCCACUGAUUUCUCAUGCCCUGUGUGACUAAUCUGUAUAUGAAUGCCAGGGUGCCUUGCUGACCAUAUAUGGUUAAAGGCCAUUGUGAGUAAAGACAGAAGGAAUGGCUUGUGGUAGAGAUAUACCCCAUCUUUAUUUUUUCUGUGCUUUACACCAUAUAGAAAUAAAUAUUCUGUUGAGCCAUUGUA